UUCCUUAGACCGAAAGAUUCCCGUCGCGUCAAGGUCAACCCAGGUUGCAGAACGGCAAGUUACGAGAUACCUAGAGAUCCGUCAAACAAGCAAACAACACAGUUAGGGUCUGUCUCGAAAAAGCAAAAGCGUCUUACUUGCACUGUUCGUUGAUUGGACCGGAUUCCCCAGCCAAAAGCCGAAACGGGUUAACAGCUUACCUGAGUUUACUUGAGUUUUCCUCAGUUAAAACAAACCUGAAUUAACUGUGACUGUGCGUACGGUCUCGGACAGUAUAGUGUGGUUACAGCUCGCUUGCAUUUCCCCUUGGUAUUAUCGCGUAUCCGUAUCCAGGCCAAAUACUUUUACGCUUGUAUACCUUUGCAACCUCAGUAUUUUUUUUAUCUGGUAGGCAGGCUUGGAGCCUUGCCAUCAAUUCCCACUCUACUUCUCCUCUUACUCUUCCAAUACAUAUACCUUACCUCAUAAAUCUUCCAGUCCUUCCUAUCUCGCGUCAUCCGAAACCUCAAUUAGCGACCGACCAGCCAUGAAGGUAAUACUUAAAAUCAGCCUCCAGUUUCUAAAGAAGCUGUCGCUGAAAAGGGGCAACAAUGACAAUCCGAUAGAUUCGGAUGCACAAGAGGAAUGUUCUCCUAAGAAUAAGAAGCAACCACCACCCGAACUUCCUGAAGAGUGUCCCAUAUGUCACGAUCCCGUGGGUAUCGCCAACCCCGAAGGCAUCGUCGAAGCAUGGACCAAGCUACAUUGCGGCCAUAAGUUCGGUACACAUUGUAUCCAGACUUGGCUGCAAGAAUCUAUAAACCGCGAACCUAGUACCAAUCCGAGCUGUCCCAUCUGCCGAAGUACAGCUAAGCAUCCUUGCGGACAUUUGAUAAGCCCCCCACCCUUUCCAUCCCUUCACCUGGAUUGGCAAUCACCUCGAGCUCCGCCAUCUCCUCCGCGACGCCACCAGGUUCGUCGUCGCCUUACCCGACGAGCAGGUCACCCACUCCGUCCCCCGCCUCAGCCUCGCCGUCGGGCCCAGGUGGUUGGCGAAUGCCGAACUUGCGCUGAGAAUGCCGAGUUUGAAGAGCGACUUCGCAAUAGGAUUAGGGAACGUGGACGACAAGACACGGGAGAAUCGUCGAUGAGCGCUAGCAGCCGGUCUGCAGCCGCUAUCAAAUCCAUCAUCCCCGGACUAAAGAGAUCUUCGAACACUGUCCGCACGACCAUUACUCACGUAGGUAUCGAUCCCCUCGAGCUCGAGGGAAACCCACGUAGUGCCUUAUGCGUCUCAUCUCACGUCUCAUCACGCCGGAUGCCUCGACACUCGUCGCCUCCUCCUGGGUAUAGUAGACGUCUCAGCAUAUAAAGUUCUACAUCGAUGUUCGCGACAUUCAACGUAUGGUUUACGGGGCUAGAUGGGGAGGACAGGAUAGAAUACAGGUUAGAUGAUAGGCGGACGGAAGCUGGUAUUUUCUUUGCAGUCUCUCGAAGUUCUGACGGAUCACGGAGUAGAUCUGUCUUAACUUAUCCAUCCACCUGAUGACGGAAGUUAUAGUUUACGGCGAAGGUUCCUAGGUAUCACAUAGUCGGAAUGCAUGGGGUCUUAGGGAAGCUCAGGAGUUCUUAGGCUAGGUUCUACAUGGAAAUGGAUUUUCACGCCCGGGCUGGCAUUUGAUCUCGCGAUUUGCAUUAUGGAUUCCGGUUAGGCUCAGGCUAUAGGAAAUAUUUGCUGGACAGAUGAAAAGGAGGUGGAUAACCUAACCUAACCUAUAACCUCUAUAACCCAUAACAGGUAGUUAGUUACCUACCUACCUAGGUAGUCUACGCGAUGCUUUACUUUGUUGAGUUUGAGUUGAGUUGGUUGCCUAACUCGGUUCUCCUAUUUUUCCUAUUUCUCCUAUUUACAUGUACU